UUAGCUCACGGAGUGGAGAGUGCCGAGUGAACUUAGCCGGACAAAACACCUUAUAAACUGCUAAAUUAACAAAACAAAGCAAGUAUUUAUAACUUGUCUUUCUUCUGCUAGUUAAUUUGAUAUAACUUUUUGGAGGAGUCCACUCCUGAAGUCCAGGAAAAGAUGGGGGAUGAAGUGAAUGACAAGAUACAAGAUGAAGGAUUCAAGGAAAAGAUGGGAGAAGCCAAAAUAACGGCUGUUAUAGAGGACCCGUUUGAUGACCUGAUACAAGAUGAAAGAGUCAAGGAAAAACAGGAAAAUCAGGAGGGAAUGAAAACACUUGAAGUGGUGACUGCGACUCAAAAGAAAGGUGGAGAGGCCAAAAUAACGUCUGUUAUAAAAGAUACUGUGGAUGACAAGAUAAAAGAUGAAGAAGUCAAGGAAAACCACAAAAACCAGGAACCUCAGGAGGGAAUGACAAAACAACAAUGGCCACGCAUGACCAAGAAGUUCCUGAGAGACCACUGUAAGAAGAACAAGCUCUACUGCACACCUUACCUGAAUGACACCCUGUACCUGCAUUUCAAAGGCUUCACCACCAUCGAGAACCUGGAGGAGUACACAGGUCUGAAGUGUCUAUGGCUGGAAAGCAAUGGUCUUCACCGCAUCCAGAACCUAGAGGCCCAGACCAACCUGCGCUGCUUGUUCCACCAGAACAUCAUAGAAACGCUGGAAAACCUUGACCCUCUGGUGAAGCUCUGCACCCUGAAUGUCUCAAACAACUUCAUAAGCAUGAUAGAGAACAUCUCCUGCCUCCCGCAGCUGAGCACUCUGCAGAUAGCCCAUAAUAAGCUGAAGACUGUGGAGAACAUCGAGCAUCUGAGCCAGUGCCGGGCCCUCAGUGUGCUGGACAUGUCCCACAAUCUGCUCAAGGACCCUGAGAUCCUCCUGGUGCUCGAGGCGAUGCCAGAGCUGAGAGUGCUGAGUCUGAUAGGAAACGAGGUGGUGAGGAGAAUCCCAAACUACAGGAAGACCAUGAUCGUGCGUCUCAAGCUGCUCACAUUCCUAGAUGAGCGCCCAGUGUUCCCCAAGGACAGGGCAUGUGCAGAGGCCUGGGCCGUGGGGGGGCUGGAAGGGGAGAGUAAAGAGAGGGAGCAGUGGGAGACACGAGAGAGGAAGAAAAUGCAGGACAGCUUCGAUGCCAUGACAGAGAUCAGAUACAGAGCCCUGGAGAGGAAACGCCUGCGAGAGCUACAGGAGGGAGGGGCGUCUGAGGGUUCCAGCUCUCCAGAGACUGAGGAAAAUGAAACCCUGAUCCUGACUCCAUCCAUCGAAGAGUCCAUCGAGUCGUUUGUGCAGGACUGCCUGCAUGUUCACGAAGAGUUCUUGCAGAGCGAAUCCAAAGAGGGGUCCAAUGAACAUCCAGCAAACUGUGAACAUCUAGAAGAAGGUGAAGGUCUACAGAGGGAGAGGUCAGAAGAAAAUGAGCAGGCCAACAUGAUUGAGCCGUUUGGAAACAAGCAGCCGUCUCCCCUUUCAGAGGUUCUACCCCCACAUGGCCCAGGACCGCUGGUUACAGAGCUGCAGGAUGAAGAGCAGCUGGAGACCAUUCACCUUCCUCAGCUGCGCGCACUCUGCAUCAACGACCUGCCUGACCUGGAGGAUGUGGACACAGAGGACUACUCAGAGAUGCUCUCUUCUCAGCAGGCUUACAGACCUCUCAUAGAGGUGAUCUCAGGGAGCAGUGAGGAGCUGGAGUCAACGGGGAGCGACAGUGAGGACAGCCCCAACUUCGGUCAGGAUGAAGAUUCUUUGUUCCUCAUGAGCAGGUCCACUGCGGUCUCCAACAGCUCCUAUGCUUUGGUGUAUCCAGAAGAUGGGGCACUCAGUGAGCCAGUGCUGAAGAUUAAACCAAACCAAGCCUCCUCUUCGCCACGCUGCCUGAUACAGGAGCUGGAAUGAUGCUUUAAAUAUUCAGAGUCCGACUACACUGACCAACUACUCUCAAAACACACGGCUUAAAAUGAAGUGUCUUAACCUUUGUGCUUUCUUCAACCGGUUUGAAUGUUUAUAAAGUACAUACUAUAAUUAAUCACCCAGAACUGGGCUACACCUUUUAGGCCAACUCAGUGCAAGUUAUACUGUUCUUUUUGGUAUUUAAAUCCCCCCCCACUUACACAAAGUUAAAAUAUGACUCUUGUUUGAAGGCACGAAUCUUGAUGGAUUAUCAAAGACUGGUAUGUGUCAAAGUUUAGUCAGGAUUCAGUUUAAAAACCAUUACAAAUUUAGUAGUAACCUUUUAUUUUUCUUGCAAAGAACAUUGUAUGAAACCAUCCAUGUGAUUUUGUGGCAAGACAUAGAUCACCUCACAUUUAGAAAUGGGUCAAAUUUGACCCGAGACAACAUGAGGGCUGAUGCUAACAUGCCGUAAAAGGCCCAAUCAGGGCUCAGUUUAAAAUUUAAGAAUCAAUAUUUAGCUGUUGUUGUAUUGAAUGUGAUUUAUUGUCUAGCAUAUUUUGUUCAAAUAUUUCAAAGCCAGUUUGUUCAUAUGGUGGUUAAUUGUAACGCUGUGAAAACAGAAUAAAGUUUAAAUGAUCUGUUCAGAUUUUUUCAACACUUCUAUAUUAUUUAUCUUCAAGUAUCUAAUAUUUUGCACUAAAUUGUACAAUAACUUCUUUUACUUUUAGGCAUUUUCAGAGCUCUAUGGUCUCUAUUUACAUACAAAAUGAUACUGAUGUGUGCAUAUCACUUAAUGCAUCAAGAAAGGACCACAUGUUAUACGUAU